UCAAAAAAUUUCGAAUAAUAUAUUUGCCAGUCACGUCUCUACUCAGUCUUCUCUGGCUCGCCUGUUACUCUCCAUUAUUAUUUCAACCACCACAGUUUAGCUAAAUUGAAAAAUAGCCUAUGCUUUAACGCCAACAAAAAUUUCUACUUCCUUGCACAUUUAUUAGAUUCCUAUUCUAAAAUAAUUUCUUGGAAACGAAUGUUUGUUUGAUGGGGAGCAAUUUCACAGAAGAGGAAGGAGAAGGCCAUGAUCAUCAUCAUGUCAUCCAGAUUUGGGAGGUGAACCGGGAUCGUCUCAAGUUGAUGCAUCAAAAAAUCUCAAACCCACCAAGAAUUCUCACCAAUUCAGCUGCUAAGACUUCAUGUUGCAUCUUUAGAGUUCCUCAAAGCUUCAUGGACAUUAACGGUAAGUCUUACCAACCCCAUAUAGUCUCAAUAGGCCCAUAUUACUAUGGCCAGCCAAAUCUUAAGAUGAUUGAAGAGCAUAAGUGGAUAUACUUGGGCAAUUUGCUUUCUAGGUUACAAAUUAAAGGUCUAUAUUUAGAAGACUUGUUAAAGGCGAUUAAAGCGCUUGAAAUGGAAGCAAGAGAAUGUUACUCCGAAACUAUUCAACUUGACACCGAUGAGUUUGUUGAGAUGAUGGUUCUUGAUGGCUGUUUCAUUAUCGAAUUGUUUCGGAAAGUUGCAGAUGUUGUACAGGUCGAAGCUGAUGAUCCUAUUUUCACCAUGCAAUGGAUCAUAACUUUUUUUUAUAGGGAUUUGCUUAGACUUGAGAAUCAAAUCCCUUUCUUUAUUCUUGAACGUUUAUUUGACUUGUCAAGAAUACCCGGAGAAGAUGAAAACCCAGGUCCUACCUUAUCCACACUUGCUCUAAAUUUCUUUGAUUACGCUCUACAAAGGCCACAUGGUUUCAUUGCCAAGUAUAGUAAUCUCAAAGGUAGGCAUCUUCUUGAUUUAGUUAGAUUAAGUUACAUUGAUUUCGACCAAAGCCAACCACCAGGAGAUGAUGAUCGCACACCAUCUCAUAUAAUUCAGUGUGUAUCCAAGCUCCGCCGUGCCGGAAUAAAGCUAAUGCAAGGAAAGGCUGACAGUUUCUUGGUGGUGAAAUUCAAGGGUGGAGUUAUAGAAAUGCCUACCAUAACUAUUGAUGAUACUAUGAGUUCAUUCUUGAUCAAUUGUGUGGCUUAUGAGCAAUGUCACAAUGGGUCAUCGAAGCAUUUCACAACGUAUGCGACUUUCUUGGAUUGCUUAGUGAAUACUUACAGAGAUGUUGAGUAUUUGUGCGAUCGCAGCAUUAUCGAGAAUUAUUUCGGUACUGAUGCAGAAGUUGCAAGAUUCAUCAACAAUCUUGGUAAGGAAGUUGCAUUCGAUAUUGAUAAGUGCUAUUUGGCUAAGUUGUUUAAUGAUGUUAAUCACUAUUACAAGAAUAGUUGGCAUGUUCAAUGGGCAGGAUUUAAGUAUACUUAUUUUGAUACUCCAUGGUCGUUUAUAUCUGCAUUUGCUGCUCUAGUUCUCCUUCUUUUAACUGUGGCACAAACCUUCUACACCAUUUAUGGUUCUUAUAGAAGGUGAACCCUAUGAUAUAACUGUAUAUUAGUUUGAUUAUUGCAGCUCAAGACAAUGGCUAUCGACGAGAUUUCUCCA